AUGCAGCAUUGGGAUCGUCACGGUUUCGGAUCUGCAGCUCGGAUCCGCGUGCCUCCUGAUCUGUCGGUCAUCCAGAUCCUCCCACAAGCCGACUGGCCGCAUGCCCCAUUCAGCACCAGCGCACCGGCUGUGGCCGCCGCGUCAGCAGCCGGCAAUGAGAACACCACCAACGACUCGCUGACGUGGAAGCUGCUGCGCGCCACGGGUGCAGUGGGCGGCGCGGUGCUAGGCGUGGCGGCUCUCGCUGACGUGGCACGCGCUGACGAGGCGGAGCACGGGCUUCACGCUCCUGCUUACCCGUGGCCCCAUGACGGCAUCUUCAGCUCCUACGACCAUGCCUCCAUUCGGCGCGGGCACCAGGUGUACCAGCAGGUGUGCGCGACGUGCCACAGCAUGUCGCUGGUGUCGUACCGCGAUCUCAUCGGAGUGGCGUACACGGAGGACGAGGUCAAGGCGCUCGCCGCUGAGGUCGAGGUGGAGGACGGGCCCAACGACGAGGGCGAGAUGUUCCUCCGCCCAGGGAAGCCCUCGGAUAAGCUUCCGAAUCCGUACGCGAAUGAGCAGUCUGCGCGGUUCGCCAAUGGUGGAGCUUACCCUCCGGACCUCAGCCUGAUCAGCAAGGCCCAACCCAACGGCGAGGUCAAGGCGCUCGCCGCCGAGGUGGAGGUGGAGGACGGGCCUAACGACGAGGGCGAGAUGUUCCUGCGCCCAGGGAAGCCCUCGGAUAAGCUCCCCAAUCCGUACGCGAAUGAGCAGGCUGCGCGGUUUGCGAAUGGCGGAGCCUACCCUCCGGAUCUCAGCCUGAUCAGCAAGGCCCGCCAUGACGGGCAGAACUACAUUUAUGCGCUCCUCACAGGCUACCGCGAACCCCCUGCUGGUAUCUCGGUGCGAGAAGGCCUGCACUACAAUCCGUACUUCCCGGGCGGCGCCAUUGCCAUGCCCAAGAUGCUCAACGAUGGCGGUGUGGAGUACGAGGAUGGCACGCCCGCUACGGAGUCCCAGCAGGCCAAGGACGUUGUCACCUUCCUUGCGUGGGCUGCUGAGCCUGAGAUGGACGAACGCAAGCUGAUGGGCGUGAAGUGGAUCUUCAUCCUCUCACUCGUGUGGCUGCAGGCCAUCUACUACAAGCGGUGGCGCUGGGCACACCAUCAAGUCCCGCCGGGUUAUCGUCGACGUUGUUAA